UCAGGACCAAGGAGAAGCCAGGGACCUAGGAGUUGCAGAAGCUUGGAGUCUCAGGGUUGCAAGAUCCUAUCCCCCCUCUCCCAGAUGUCUAGCAAGGUGGCCAUUGGCAGUGACAUCGGACAGGCCCGCCGGGCGGUGGAGCAACUGCGGAUGGAGGCAGGCAUCAACCGCAUAAAGGUGUCCAAGGCUGCCACAGAUCUGUUGCAGUUCUGCACGGAGCAGGCCAAGAGCGACCCCUUCCUAGUGGGCAUCCCAGCUGCCACCAACCCUUUCAAGGAGAAGAAACCCUGUGCUAUCCUAUGAACCCCCGGAAUGCUACUGCCCCCGUGGCCCUGAAACCACAGGAAAGGCCUCAAUAAACAUGACUGCGCCUGUGAUGCAGCUUGUGUGUGCUGAAGUGGGAGGCAGAGGGGCAUCACAGGCUUUUGGGGAUCGGUGCCCACCUGUCAGGCUUCCUUCUAUGCCUACUUCCAGAGUCAUGGCUGCACAUGCCUGCACACCCAGAGCCCUGCAUGAGGAGCCCUGCACUAUGUUCUGCCAC